AUGAAGAAGGAUGAUGUUGCUAUGGUUGUCUCUGGACCAUGGUGUGGCCCAAGGGGUUUGCCUCACCAGUUGAGGCAAUUGGACGUGUUGAGGCCGAUUGAGGCAAAGAUACCAAAGAACUUUGAUUAUUCUUUGAGGUGCGCAUAUUGUUUUGAUGCCCCGGGGCACGAUAUAGAGAAAUUUUUGCAUGUGAAAAGAGCAAUACAAGAGCUUAUUGAUGCAAAUAAAAUAGUAGUACAGAGCCCGGAUGCGCCAAACAUCAACCAAAAUCCUUUGCCAACCCAUGCAGAGACACAUUUGAUUGAAAUAGUUCGUAAGGAUGGGGAGUUCAGGAAUUCUUCCAAGUCCAUCAUGAUGAUUCAUGCUAGUAAAGGUAAUUCAGUUAAGGCUCUAGACUCUACCAAAUCAAUGCCCUUGACAGUUGAAGGGGUGACAGAGAAACUAAGCAUGCUCAACCUGAAGCCACCUGUGUUGGUCGUGAAAUGGUCUUCAAAGGAUAUUGGGGCAAAUCAGGUAAAGCUGAAAGUGGUUGUGCCAGGGAUCCGGAGCAAGCCUGUCGUAGUUGUGAAAGAGGCUCCUAUCACCCCUGUUAUUAUUAAGCCAAUCACGCAGUUGCCAGUGGUUGAUACAAAGGCUGACCCGUGGAACUAUAAACAAGUGAUAGUGACAUAUAAAGAGAAAGAAGUGGAGGAAGAAGUCAAUGAAACUGGAGGACUGGAUCGUUCUGGGAGGUGUUUCCCUAUAAAGAAGCCGAUCACUGAAGAAGAGGCUGAAGAGUUCUUGAAAAAGAUGCAAGUGCAAGACUAUUCCAUUAUGGAGCAAUUAAGGAAAACAACGGCUCAGAUCCCUCUUUUGUCUUUACUCAUGCAUUCAGAUGAACACUGCAAAGCCCUGAUGAAGAUUUUGAAUGAGGCACAUAUUUCUGAUAGGAUCAAAGUGAAUCACUUGGAAAAGAUUGCUAACAAGAUCUUCGAAGCAAACAGGAUCACUUACUCAGAUGAUGAACUUCCUAUGGAGGGUACAGAACACAACCGAGCUCUUUAUCUCACGUUGAAGUGCAAGUAUUCUAUUGUCUCAAGGGUACUGGUUGAUAAAAGCUAUAGUGCAAAUAUUUUCCCUUUGUCUACUCUACAAAAGUUGAAGAUCGGCACUGAAAGAAUCCACAUGAACAGUGUAUGUGUUCGAGGCUUUGAUGGGGAAGGGAAAGAUUCUGUUGGUGAUAAAUUGCCCAAAUUAUCGAUAAGGCCAGUUGAGUUCACUAUGGAAUUCCAAGUGCUGGAUGUGGCUGUCUCUUACAAUUUAUAA